AUUUUCCCGAUUGUCGCUUUCAAUUCUGGAAAUUACGAGCUCCAGAAGGAUUUAUUUAUACGCUCAAGAAGUUAAGAAAGGAUGCGAACAAUAAGAAAGAAAAAUGUUGAGUUACGUUCAACCUGGAACAUCAUCCUUGUUGCUUCCUUUGUCCUUCACUAUCUUAGCGUUAUGCUUUAUCGUCUUCCUGUUGAAACGGUAUCCACUUAGGAGCAAGAAAACCCUACCACCUUGUCCACCUGGGCUUCCAAUUAUCGGAAACCUCCACCAAAUUGGCUUGCACCCUCAUCGCUCUCUUCGAUCCUUAGCUCAGACCCAUGGCGACAUCAUGUUGCUUCACUUGGGUAGCGUUCCAGUGCUUGUUAUCUCAUCAGCUGAAAUGGCCCGCGAGGUCUUGAAAACCCAUGAUCUUGUGUUUGCAGACAGACCUAAAUCAAGAAUGAAUGGGAAACUUCUCUAUGACCAAAGAGAUGUGGCUGCGGCUCCUUAUGGUGAGUACUGGAGACAGAUGAAAAGCUUAUGUGUUCUGCAUCUACUAAGUACUAAAAGGGUACAAUCGUUUAGGGAUUUGAGGGAAGAAGAGACGGCUUAUAUGAUUGAGAGGGUCAAAAAGUCUUGUUCUUCUUCACCAAUCAAUUUAAGUGAGGUCUUUGCAAGGCUUACCAAUGGUGUAGUUUGCAGAUCAGCUCUAGGGAGGAAAUAUAAUGCAGCGGAAGGAGGGACAAAGUUCAAGGAACUACUGGGGGAGUUUGGAGAAUUGUUGGGUUGUUUCGAUGUUGGGGAUUAUAUAUCAUGGCUUGGUUGGAUAAAUCAUGUGAAUGGGUUGUACGCUAGAGCAGAGAAAGUGGCUAAAGAGUUUGAUGAUUUCCUAGAAAGAGUAGUUCAAGAACAUAUUACUGGUAGUGAUGAUGGCCGACACGAAAACAAUAGUAAGGACUUCGUGGACGUUUUGCUUUGGAUUCAGAAGGAAAACAACGCUGGCUUUCCCAUUGAUGCAACUAGCAUCAAAGCUAUCAUCUUGGAUGUAUUUGCAGGAGGAACAGACACUGCAUACACAGUCCUGGAAUGGACAAUGACAGAACUCCUAAGGCACCCAGAAGUGAUGAAGAAACUCCAGAAUGAAAUUAGAAAAAUCACCAGCAACGAAUCAUCAGUAAUAACAGAGAGCAAUCUGAAUAAACUUCCUUACUUAAGAGCAGUAAUCAAGGAAACUCUACGCCUUCAUCCUCCAGUCCCAUUGCUAGUUCCCCGAAUAUCAACUCAAGAUGUCAAAUUAAAAGGAUUCGACAUUGCAGCAGGAACCCGAGUGAUUAUCAAUGCUUGGGCAAUAGGAAGAGACCCUGCAUUGUGGGAUCGAGCUGACUAGUUUUGGCCAGAGAGGUUCUUGAACAACACUAUAGAUUUCAAAGGACAUCACUUCGAAUUGAUACCAUUUGGGGCUGGCAGGAGGAUUUGUCCCGGCGUUCAAUUUGCGACGAGUAUAGAUGAGCUUGCAUUAGCAAAUAUACUGCACAAGUUUGAUUGGGCAUUAACAGGAAAGAAGUUGGACGACACCGAAAGCACCGGCAUCACCAUACACAGAAAAUUCCCUCUUCUUGCAGUGGCAACUCCAUAUUCGCAGUAAUGCUCUGUCUGUGUAUCUGUAUUCUUUGCUUUAUUAUUUCAUCUUCUUUUUUUCAUAGACUAAUAACUGGUUUAGUUUCGCAACGUACCUAUCUGAUUUUCCUUUUUUUUUAUAUAUAUUUUUUAUGUCUAAAUUUGAUACAUUAUAAAUCUAAAAUAUCAAAUAUAUUGUAAGAUUCAUGAA